AUGCCCGAAUCGACAGAUAGUUUAAGUUCGGAGGAGACGCCAGAUGCCUCUGUGGCUGAAAGACAAACGCUCGAGAUCUACAAGAAUGCUCUGAACUUCAACGUGAUUGCCAAGUACGAUCCUUUGGUGAAGAACCUGAUUUUUCAGUCGUCGCAUUGUGUGGUGUAUAGGUUCGAAAACGACGACUGGGUCAAGCUGGACUACCAGGGUCCAAUAGUGCUUUAUUCAAGAAGGUAUAAGAAUGAAAUAGACGAUGAGCAGAAAGCCAAAGAGCAGGAGCCACUCACAUACGAUACGGAGACCAUACUUAGAGACGAUACCUACUACGAGUAUGGAAUCAUCGUGUAUAACAGAAACAAGCCCCAAAACUUCUCGAUUGGUAUUAUACCAACGAAACGGUUGAGAGCGAAGGAAGAUGCCAUGAUAUUCGAGAAGAAUGACGAGCUGAUCAUAGUGAAGGAUCUUGCAGGUGAUGCAUUUGGACUGUGGAUUUUCGACGAAAAGGAUCGGGAUUAUAUUUGUCAGGUGUUGAAUUAUUGCAUUGACAACUAA